CCGGGCCCGGACGCGCACGAUCCUAGCGCUCCGCAUCGAUUGAACUCUUACCGCGAUCGCGCUAUGUCGCCCUAUACGCGUCACACUUAUGUGUUUGAAUAUUUGUUUUCUUCAUUCGUAAAUGGUCAUAGCCCGGAAAGGCUCCAGUGAUUUAAAUUUAACAUUGUGUUAGACUGUUGAACGUUUUUUUAUUUCAAUUCGUAAAUCGAGUGGUUAUUUUAUUUAAGACUGAGACACGACGAUGGUGUCGGAAGGGGCUUUGCCCGUUGUUUGGUGUAUGCGCGAUAACCAGCUUGUGCCUCACCAAGUAUCCGGUGUUAAGUUACAAGGUGCAGUUACUGGAGCACAUAUAGCUGCUGUUUCGGACUUUUUACGUAUGGUAGCAGGUACACCGAUAAUAUUACAGCCGCCAGUAGUACACAACAAUAUUGAUAAUGAAAUUAGCAAAGAUAAUACAAUCAGACGUCGCAAAAUGUCGAUGCAACUGGAGGUUCCUUGUGUCUUUCUCUCCGAAAGUGCUUUGCAAAAAGCAAAAUGCCGCCAUAAUUCCUUAGAUGAACAGGUAAUAUUUGAAAAUUGUAGUACAUCUACCACAAAAAAUAUUGAUGUAGACCAAUUAUCAAACACCAAAAUAAAAAAUCCUAGAUAUGAGGAUCGACACGGAUCUGAUAAAGACAUGUUUCCCCAAAGAAUUACGAGAAUCAUUGAAUUAAAUGAUACGACCAAUGAAUCUGAUAAGGAACCGUUACAAAGAAUAACAAAAAUUAUAGAAUUUGAAAAUGAUAAAUUGCUGUCACCAGUGUCAAUAGAUGAAGAUAAUGAAGUACCGCAGAAAAUUACUAGAAUAAUUGAAUUCAAUGAAGAAAAUACAUUUUCUUCAUUAACAAAUAGUAUUGAUGAUCUUACAAGAGAAUGUACUCAGAAGAUACCUAGGAUAUUAGAACCAUCUAAGGAAAACGUUUUCCCAAGUAUGGCUAAAAUUAUAGAAAUGGAGAAUGAAAAGUCAAAUGAAAGGAGAAUAUCACUAACGAGCGAACGAGAAAUUAGUUGCGGUAUCACAGAAAAUUGUACCGAAAAUGAAAUAAUUAGAUCUAAGCCAUUACAAAGAAGUAGAUUUAGUGUUGAUUCUUCAUGCUCCGAAAACUCUUAUGCAAAUAUAGAUACUAUAAAGAGUUUGCAGGAUGUAAGAAAGGAAGAUACUUUAGAAUUUAGUACAAAUACUGAAUCUAUAACAACUUCUAAACCAACGAUUCGAUCGCGCUUCCGUAGGAAAAAAACAUCUGUUUGUUCGAUUGGAUCGUCAGACUGUGAUGACGAAAUAGAUGUAAUUUUUAAAUCUAAACCAAAAUCUAGUCAAUGGGUGAGCUUGGAUUGGAUACCGCCACCCAUAGAAGAGCCAGUGAUUGCUCAAGUCUGUGAUAAAAAUGAUUUCAUAUCGAAAUGGAUAGCAGAACAAAAUUCUCAAGAUUCAGGUAUCGUACCUGACGAGAGAAGAAAGAGUCUGCCCCCGAAAUCUAACGAAGUAUACAUACAAAAUAUGCGAAGAUUCAGUGAUGGUUUACAGAUCUGUAAAGAAGAUGCAGCUAGUGACUCUCCUGCUACGGUGAAAUGGAAAUGGCACGAUAUAGUCAAAAGACAUCUACAGCUACUUAAAAAUGACAAAGGCUUUCGACGCCAAAGAGGCAGUUGGAUACGAACAGCACGUCGCCUGUCAGGGACUAAUGACAAUAAGUUUUCGGAACUGCCUUUGGAUACUUAUAUGAAACUAAACACUAUGCCAUGGUAUUUCCGUAAAAUCAAACGGAUCGAGGCCGAGAAGAAGCUACUCCUUCCUGAGAAUGAGCACGGUGCUUUUCUUAUAAGAGAUUCUGAAAGUCGACACAAUGACUUUUCACUAUCAGUUCGAGAUGGUGAUACGGUCAAGCAUUACCGUAUACGUCAGCUGGAUGAAGGUGGUUUCUUCAUCGCCCGCCGUACGACGUUCAGGACCCUGCAGGAGCUCGUGGAACACUACAGCAAGGACGCUGAUGGCCUAUGCGUUUCCCUCAACAAGCCAUGUGUACAGGUAGAGAAACCGGUGACAGAAGGACUUUCUCAUAGAACGCGAGAUCAAUGGGAGAUAGAUCGCUCCUCCCUGAAGUUUGUAAGGAAACUUGGACACGGUCAAUUCGGUGAGGUAUGGGAGGGGUUGUGGAACAACACCACGCCCGUAGCCAUAAAGACGCUCAAAUCGGGCACCAUGGAUCCCAAAGAUUUCUUGGCAGAGGCUCAAAUAAUGAAGAAGCUGCGGCACACCAAACUCAUACAACUGUAUGCGGUCUGCACUUUAGAGGAACCUAUUUACAUUAUCACUGAACUGAUGAAGAACGGCUCUCUUCUGGAGUACUUGCAAGGCAAAGGUAGAGGUCUGAAGCUCCAACAGCUUAUAGACAUGGCAGCUCAGAUAGCUGCCGGCAUGGCGUAUCUCGAGUCCCAGAACUACAUCCACAGAGACUUAGCGGCAAGGAACGUACUGGUCGCUGAACCAAAUGUAGUCAAAAUCGCUGACUUUGGACUAGCAAGACUUAUCAAGGAGGACGAAUAUGAAGCUCGGGUUGGAGCUAGGUUCCCAAUUAAAUGGACAGCGCCGGAAGCGGCCAACUACAGCAAAUUCUCCAUCAAAUCUGAUGUAUGGUCCUUUGGUAUUCUUCUCACCGAGCUCGUCACCUACGGAAGAAUACCAUAUCCAGGUAUGUCAAACGCGGAGGUCCUCCACCAAGUGGAGCACGGGUACCGCAUGCCCUGCCCGCCGUCCUGCCCGGCGCCACUCUACGACAUCAUGCUGGAGUGCUGGCACAAGGACGCCCUCAAGAGACCGACCUUCGAGACGCUGCAGUGGAAGCUGGAGGACUUUUUCACCAUGGAGAACUCGGAGUACAAGGAGGCCUCCGCCUACUGAGCCCGGCCCUCCCUGCCGACACACCGACGCGCGCACGAACAUCAUACCCCUGGCCUAUAUCACAUGCCGCCGGAGCUGCAGAUGUUACACACGAGCACAUCCAUGCAGCACCUGCAGGUGCACCACGCGAUGCACCCGCACGUGCACCACCAUGCGCACGUGCAGCAUGGACACGUGCAGCAUAUGCAGCAUGGACAUGUGCAGCACGGACACGUGCCGCACGUGCAGCUACCGCACGCUGCGACACUGGGUCAGCUGUGCCACAGACACAACACACUCUACCGCGCGCCCUAAACCAUCCGCGACGUACCAGCACCCCUCACACACAAACAAACAAACAAACACACACAUACACACCUCUCCCACAUCAUACAACAUCUCUCACAAGCCUUUGUCGCUACAUUCAAUUGUCGUGAUACUUUUAACAUUAUAUCAUGAAGCACAUUAUAUUAUAAUGUCUACGAAUCACUCAAAGUCUUUGCGAUGUAUGCUCAAUCUUAUGUAACAUGUCUAAGAUCAAUGUCUCGACUGUGCGACGUACGAAUGUAUUAUGAUGAUGCAAAUCUUGUAAAGGGACGUGACUCCUUACCCCAAUGUUGUAGCGUAUAAGUUAGUUACGAUUGAUCCGUGUAGAGGGUGAUGAAGCUGUCUUCUCAACGGACCCACCAUCAGUAAUUAAUACGUACUAGUAUUACUCUCUGAAUGUUCAAGUUUUUUGCUUGUCGUUGCUUCGUAUUAUUAAUGUUUAUUAACUUUACAUACAUUGGAUGUCGUCCGACGCCGUACACAGGUUCAUUGCCCUCCUAUCGACAGUAAGUUUAGUUAGACUGCCUACAAUGUUUUCUAAAUGUAUUUAGCGUACGAUAGGUUAUAUAACAUUUCUAUAACUAAUAAGUCGAUGUACGUUCUGAACGCGAUACCUUUGUGUGACGAGACGACGGUUUAACGUACAGCUUCUUAGAUUAUAAAGAAAUUAAUUAGAACGUUCACAAUAUAAUUAUGUAUGAAAAAAAUUCGUUAGGGGCUGUGUGAUGCUUGAAUUAGUUACACUUAGUUUCGGGGGGCGCUGCUGUGCUGUGGUGGGGGUAAUUGUUGGGGGCCGGCCACGUGUGCGUGAUCAGGAGGAAAUUUAAGUUCGGCAGGGAAUAUGCAUGCGAUAGCAUGACGUGAGAUUUAUGUUGGAGACAUCGGAUUAGGUAUCCUCAAUUUCGUGUGACAUGAUCUGUGUAUAUAACGAUAAUGGUGAUGCCAAAAAUCCUAUUAAAGAACUGAAUAUUUUUUUUAUAUAUAUGAAUACGUUAUUAACUGUUCUGAGGGUAUUUUAGUGUUAGGGAACUUAUUUAUGUAAUUUAUAAAGCUACUUAGAUUCCGAAUACGCGGACGUGUCUCGUUUGAACUUUGACGCGUUUUAAUCUUUUAUUUGUGUGAAAUGCGUUCGGGGAGUUUCUUACUUAUUUAUCGUAACCAUUUAGUUUAAGUAUUGUGUAGCAAUACUGAAGCUUGAUUGAUAUUUAAUUUGUGCCAAGACUUAAUUUAAGUGAAAAUUUAAUAUCGCCACAAAUAACCUACGAUAAUAAAUCAGAAUAACGGAAUGAAAAAAAAAAACAUUUUAACUAAAUAAUUAUAAAAUAGGACUUAAUUGGCCUAAGAAAUAAAUAUUUUUGAAUAUAACGUAGGUUUUGUAUCCUAUUCGCUUAGAUUUAAUUCGUAUUUAUCCGUCGGGUUAUAAUAACGACGUCUGUCUACUCAUCCGUUACAAGUGCACGUCUGUAUGUAAAUGUGCAAUAUUUAUUAUAUUUUAGACCCGAUGCUUUCCGUAACGUCGGGGACCUCGUGAUUCCUGGAAAACCGUUUCAUCCUCAGAACAAUUAAAUGCAAUGUUGUUUUUUAUAUCACUGCAACCAAUCAGAUGUUUGUUAUGUGAAUUUCGUCGCACUCAAUGUAAAUAGUACCGAAUGUAGUUCGCUUUAAGAGUGAUAUUAGAUUGUUACUAAUGAAACAGAAACCGAGUACUGCCGAUGACUUGAAGUCCGCUUACACAACCAUUCCAAACAGAUCGCGAUAUGUAGUAAUGUAUUAGUAUCUGACUAGCGCGAUUUUAAAUGACUAAUAUUGACGGCGCACAAAUUUCUAGUUCUAAAUGAAUUCUUUGAGGCGCCUCUGAUAUCUACGUUUCGAUGUCACAAAAUUCGUUGUCCUCUCACCUUUAAACGGAAUCGAAAUAGAAAAUUUAAAUUUAAAGAAACGUUCUAGAUUUAAUUCUAAAAAUGUUUAAUACACUUAGUUUAUAGAUAAAAAGAUUUUACAUAUAAGAUAUCUUUGUCCCUACUCGACUUCUUUAUAUUUUGGUAUUGCAAUGUGAAUAGAGCAAAUUAAAUAGUGAAUAUCGAACGUCGACCACAUAGUUACGUAAUAUCAUCUUCAUACUAAUUUAAGCUCAUACUUUCUGACCCAACCUUAUCCCAAAAUGACUAUUUACUCCGUAUCCUUUUUUAUUUUAUAUAUAAUUUAUUUUUAAGUGUUAAGUUAUAGCUGUAUAAAGUGCUUGAGGCUUUUGCUUUUGCAGCGGCUAAGUUUUUUGCUAUCUUAUGGAAAUGAAAUGUAUCCGUAUUUUAUUUAGUUAGCCAAUUCUAAGUAUAUGAAGUAUACAAUGGCGCCAUCACAAUUACUUUGAAAAUUAUUCCGAUCAGAAUUAGGUUAGCAUACGAAGAGAACGAGUGUUAGAUAUAUGUUAAUCAAUUGUCGCUGUGUUGUCACACGUACGGUCUUCAAGUAGCGACUGCCGUACGGCCGCGGUGUACGUACGAACUGUCAGUGAAAACGUGAAGCGACUGACGUCACUUGAUACUGUUCAAUGAGUAAGGUCUUAUUACCUCCGAGUAUCAAUUAAAAACUAUUUUAAGUUCCCCCCGGCUGGUAUUACACUACUAAUUGCUCUAAUAUUUAAUUAAUUUACCUUUCAUAUCCAUUUUUUUAUAUAUAAAAUGACAGUCGGCCGGCUAUUGGUAGUGUAAUGUCAGUGGCGAAUGGUUAUGAUAACUAUAUUUCACUUAUUUGUAAAAAAAUUUUUUUUUUAACACAACAAUAAAUAUAAAUGUGAUUUA